AUGCACGUGAGGGCAGUUGGCAUGGCUCUCAUUCAUUGCCUUUCCUUGAUUAACUGGAGCCCUGCAAAGUCGGAGUCGAAAGCCGCGAAGCGUACAGAUGGAGAACACGAUGGAGAGGGCCCUGUGAUUAUGUUCAAAUGGAAGAAGAACCAGCUCGCGCCAGAUUGUCUGGGCUGCUGGCAGGCAGCUGGCGCCAAGCAGCAGCGUGAGAAGAAGAGGAAGAACUGCGAUGCCAAGUGCGGGGCCGCCGGAAAGACAAAGAAGAAGCCGGCAGCAGCAAAAGUGAAGCGUCGAUUCAGUCAGGUUUUUGCCAAGGCCACGGCCAGCAAGAGCGCAGCCAGGCCGGGUACCUGUAAAAAGAAGGCACCUCGGCGUCCAAUUUCGGACAUCUUUGCGUGGAGGGUGUCGGUGCCGAAUGUCGGCAAAAUUGGAUCUGCAUAG